AUGACAGAAGACACGAACGGUUGGAAUGUUCCAACCUCAAAGUUGUCCCAAGUAUGCCUCAGACUGACUGGAAUAUCUACCACCAACUACAGGGUGUUCCUGAUUAGAACCUCUCUGAUGAUAAUGACAUCAGUUCAAGCCAUCAUUUCUCUAUGCAUCCAUUGGAACGACGGGCCAGAAGAGGUUUUCCGGAUCGCAAACGAUGUCAACGCUAUCGUCUACGGUACUUCUGUAGCCAUCACGUUCGCCUACUUCAACAAACACAUCACCGACCUCUUCUCAAUGCUGCACCGAGGCUUGUUUCAAUAUUCCUUGCCACUUUGUCAAGAACAACAUACCGCCAAGGAUGCAGCGAUGAAGAGAAUCAAAAGAAUCGAGAGGAUCUUUAACAUCUCUUCUGUUUUGGGCACAGUAUUCUUCUUUUUGAGUCCGAUGGCUUUUGGUAUAGCGACUUUCGUGACAGGAUCAAAAAGGAGAUUACCACUCCCUUUGUCCCCUUGGUAUCCAUUUACGAUCGACUCGAUAUAUCUUUACCUUGUUCUCUAUUUAUUUGAGUUUUCAAUCUGUGUGACCAUAGUUAUCUACCACAUUUCUUGGCAAACCUCUCUUUACUCAGCUAUCAUUUGCCUUCAAGGUGAAAUGAAGAUGUUGGUGAUUGCUUUUCAAAGGAUAGAUGGUAAUGCUUCGGUGAUGGCUGCAAGAGAUCGUGUAACAAGACCAGGGAAGGCCCCUGUGCUGAGAAGUAUUCAAUAUUACAAAGAGCAAUGUCUCAAGGAGUGUAUACAACAUCACCAAAUGAUAAUUAAAUGUGUCUCAACUUUAAACGGUGCAUUCAAGAUCACAAUCUUUGAAUAUCUGCAAUGUGCAACAUUCAUAUUCUGCCUCAAUGCAAUGAGACUUACUCUGGAGCCAGUAGCAAUUUCUGUGCAUACAGUGACUUCUGUUGGUGAAAUCACUCCUGUGUUACUUCAGCUGUUCCUUAUCUGCUUUUUUGGUCAGCUGCUCAGGAAUGAGGAUGACCAAGUUAGAGAAGCAUUCUACGGAUGUGGGUGGCCAGAUCAAACAAAACGUUUCAAGCAGAUGUUGUAUAUCAUCUUGACCAGAUGUAAGAAACCUCUAUGCCUAUCUGGAGGCUUGUACACCGUUGAUAUGCGAACUUACAGUCAGAUUCUUCAAGCUGCAUACUCAUACCUGAACUUUCUACUUUCUACGCACCAAUAGGAAGGAAUUUCACCUUAAACAUUAUUUAUUGAACACUAACUUGCAAUAUUCACUUGCAACACAAAAUAUAUUCUUAUUAGACCUUCAAUGCAUGUGUUAUCCUUGACGGCAA